AUGGCUUCUUCUUCUUCCAAUGUUCCUCGAUGGAAGCAUGAUGUGUUCCUUAGUUUCAGAGGCAAGGACACACGCAAUAGCUUUACUAGCCAUCUUUACGUUGCUUUGCGCCAUAAACAAAUCAAGACUUUCAUUGAUGAUGAACUUGAAAGAGGUGAAGACAUUACACCUGCGCUUUUGAGAACGAUUGAAGAGUCAAGAAUUUCAAUUGUAAUAUUCUCAAAAAAUUAUGCAUCUUCUUCUUGGUGUGUGGACGAACUGGUGAAGAUACUUGAAUGCAAGCAGAAAUACGGGCAGAUUGUUUUUCCAGUUUUCUAUCAUGUAGACCCGUCUAAUGUCAAUGAACAGACAGGGAGUUUUGGAAAUGCAUUUGCUGAACUUGAAAGUAAUUUUAAGGAGAAGAUGGACAAGGUGGAAAGAUGGAGGGAUGAAUUGACAAAUGCAGCCAAUAUAUCGGGAUGGGACUCACAGGUCAUUAGGCCUGAAUCCGAGCUUGUCAACAGGAUCGUGCAACAUGUUUUGAAGAAAUUGAAUUGUACUUCCCCAAGUGAUUCAGAGGGUCUAGUUGGAAUAGAUUCACGCAUUCAAGAUGGAACUGAAAAGGUUGAAGGCAUAUUCCUGGAUAUUUCUAAAACAAGGAAAAUGGAGUUCUUGUCUUGUGCCUUUGCAAGGAUGCAUAAUCUUAGGUUGCUCAAAAUUUAUAAUUCUGGAGUUGGAACUAACUGUAAAGUGGAACUUCCUCACGGUCUUGAGUAUCUUUCUGAUGAGUUAAGGUAUCUCCAUUGGGAUGGAUAUCCUCUUAGGUCUUUGCCAUCCAAUUUCAUACCAGAGAAUCUUGUUCAACUUGACUUGUCAUUUAGCAAGGUUGUGAAUCUUUGGACAGGAGUCCAGGACCUUGUAAAUUUAAAAGAGAUCAACCUUGGCAAUUGUGAGCAUCUCAUUGCAAUUCCUGACCUACAACUUGCCACAAAUCUUGAGAGUUUGAAGCUUCAUUUCUGCGGAAGUUUGGAGGAGGUUCCAUCAUCCAUUCAGUGUCUGAACAAACUUAGUGAAUUGGAUAUGAGAUACUGCAAAAGCCUUCACAGCCUUCCAAGCAGCUUUAGUAUGACUUCUCUUAAGACGCUUAAGCUUUCUGGCUGCUCUAAUCUCAAACAGUGUCCUGAGCUUUCACGGUCCAUAACAUAUUUAAAUUUAAGUGAGACCACAAUAGCAGAGCUCCCCCAAUCAAUUCAGCAUCUCACCAGACUUGUUUCAUUGAAUCUAAAGGACUGCAAAGAACUUAAGAAGCUUCCUGACUGCAUCUGCUUGUUGAAAUCUCUUGCAACUCUCGAUCUAUCUGGCUGCUCAAAAAUCUGGAACCUUCCAAAUGUUUCAAAGAGCAUAAAAUAUUUAUAUCUGAGUGAAACUGCAGUACCAGAACUUCCCUCUUCCCUCAGUGCUCUCUCAAGCCUCCGUGAAUUGGAUCUAAUGAACUGUACAAGGUUUAAGAGUCUUCAUAUUAGCUUUGGGAUGUUGACUUCUCUGGAAAAACUUAUUCUCUCUGGCUGUCCAAUAAUGGAAGUUCCCUCAUCAGUCCAAUGCCUCACCAGACUUGUUGAGUUGCAUAUGCGAAACUGCAAAGCUCUUGAGACUCUCCCAAGCAGCAUCAGUGGGUUGAGAUUUCUUGAAUACCUUGAUCUCUCUGGCUGCUCGAGGCUUAAGAGUCUUCCACCAAUCCCAGCUAAUGUGGGAUAUCUUUAUCUAGAAGGAACAGCCUUGAAACAGCUACCCUCUGGACAGCUAGAUUGGCUACGCUGUUUGGAAUCAGGAAACCUCAAAAACCUUGUGAAAUUGCCUGAGUUGACCAAUGCCAACUAUUUGAGAAAACUAGAUCUAAAUGGUUGCAAUAUAUUAGAAAUCCCAGAAUUUUUCUGCAAUAUAUGCACUUUGGAGUCAUUAGAUCUAAGCAGAAAUGAUUUUGAGACUUUGCCUGCAAAUAUCAAUCAAAUGACUGAGUUGAAAUACCUUUUCUUGAUGGAAUGCGGAAGGCUUAGAUCAUUACCACAACUUCCACCAAAAUUAACAAAAUUAGAUGCCAACAAUUGUGUAUCAUUGGCAAGGAUAUCGAGGCCUUCAGAUGCCCUUGUGCUGGAAGGAAACAUAUUUGGAUUUCACUUCACUAAUUGCUUCUCAUUGAAUAAGAAAGCACGCAGAGUCAUAAUGGUAUAUGCCCUAUUGAAGUUCCACUACUAUGCAAAAAGUCUAAGCGAUAAGUUUUCUAUUGUACCGCCAGGCACUUCCACUGUUUACUUCCCUGGAGAGGAAGUUCCACGCUUGUUUCAUCAUCAAACAUGGGGAUCUUCAGUGGCGAUCCAGUUGCCUUUGCACUUGGGUGAUAGCACGUUCUUGGGUUUUGCUCUAUGUGCUGUUGUUACAUUUGACGACUACUUGGACGAAUGUGGUUUCCAAGUUAAAUGCGAGUAUCAUUUCAAGAAUAAGUAUGGUGAUUGCCAUAAUCUUUUCUGUUAUGUUGAAGGUUGGUAUCAUGAGAAGCAGAGAAGACUUCUGGGGUCGAAUCAUGUAUUCCUGGGGUAUGAUCCUUGUUUUGAUGCUGCUAAAGACAAUUUGUUCAGUAAAUACUGUUGCAAUGAGGCCACAAUCAAAUUCUUCCCUGAAGAUAUGGACAAUAACCCUUUACAUUGUUGCAAGGUGAUCAAAUGCGGGGUCCGUCUAGUAUAUGCUGCGGAUGAAAACUCCUACCCUUCCAGGGUUGUCCAACCACGCUUUCUUUACUGGACUUCUUCGGCACCAUUGGGAGGGCUUGAUUUCUCCUCCUUCCUCUUACUCUAUUCCACUUUUCAACCUGCCAACACAAUCAAAAACAAACAAAACAAGUGUCCAAAGCCUCUAGAUUCCUCUCUAACUGUUCGAGCAAACCCAAAUCACCAAGUCCAAACCGAGUUGCUGACUCAUUCGGGAAAGACCAAUUAA